AUGCAUUCUAUAACAGAGGAUGAGAAGGAUAUAAUCAAACGCCUUACGGCCAGGUUACCGCCUACGCCACCCGCCGAACCGGACUGGAGCGAUACUAGCUCGAUCUCAAACGAAGAAGCUGAACUCGAUGGCUUCACGCAAAAACCACCGGCCUUUCCUCUUCCACCACCAACCAACCCACCUCAAGAGAUCCUCGACAUAGACUCAAAAACACCCGACGCACAUGUCCCCCGUGAUGCGAGAUUGAUUCGACUGACAGGAGUUCAUCCAUUCAACGUCGAGGCUCCUCUGACGGACCUUUUCAACGAAGGGUUUUUGACCUCUCCGGAACUUUUCUACGUUCGGAAUCAUGGAGCGGUACCGCAAGUGGAAGAAGCCUCCCUGUUUGAUUGGGAAUUUACUGUCGAGGGUCUCGUCGACAGGCCGUUCAAAAUAUCCUUACGAUCGUUAAUGGAAGACUACGCGGACCAGAUCAUCACUGUCCCGGUCACGUUGGUCUGCGCCGGUAAUCGCCGAAAAGAACAGAACAUGGUCCGCAAGUCGAAGGGGUUCUCCUGGGGUCCGGGUGGAGUGUCGACCGCCCUUUUCACCGGCGUCCCAAUGUCUGCAAUCAUCGCUGCUGCCAAACCCACGCGGCGGGCGAGAUAUGUGUGCAUGGAGGGGGCGGACAAACUUCCCAAUGGAUAUUACGGAACGAGUGUGAAGCGCAACUGGGUGCAAGAUCCCAAUCGAGGGAUCAUGCUGGCCUGGAAGAUGAACGGUGAACUGCUACGCCCCGACCAUGGACGCCCCUUGAGGGCCGUCAUCCCUGGGCAGAUUGGGGGACGCAGCGUGAAAUGGCUGACGAAAUUGAUUCUGACCGAAAGCCCCAGCGAUAACUGGUAUCAUAUUAACGAUAACCGGGUUCUCCCGACCAUGGUUUCGCCGGAAGAAUCCGCAGCAGAUCCAAGUUGGUGGACCGAUGACCGAUACGCCAUAUACGAUCUCAAUUCCAAUUCAGCCAUCGCAUACCCCGCGCAUGAUGAAGUCUUACCCCUCUCCACCCGCGCGGUUGAAACGUACGAUGUGCGCGGCUACGCGUAUGGUGGUGGUGGCCGGAGAAUCACACGAGUGGAGAUCACCCUUGACAAAGGGAAGACCUGGCGACUCGCCAAAAUCGACUACCCAGAGGACAGGUACCGAGAAGCUUUAGAAAAUACAAAUCUCUAUGGCGGCCGCUUGGAUAUGUUCUGGCGCGAAACUUCGUUCUGCUGGUGCUUCUGGUCAUUGGCCAUCUCGACCGAUGAUCUCGCGGCCAGUGCAGAUAUCAUGGUGCGAUGCAUGGACGAAGGGUUGGCCCUCCAGCCCCGUGAAAUGUACUGGAGCGCCUUGGGCAUGAUGAACAACCCGUGGUUCCGCAUUGUCAUACACCGUGAGAACGACACCAUGCGGUUUGAACAUCCUACACAACCUGCUUUAAUGCCCGGAGGAUGGAUGGAAAGGGUGAAAAAGGAAGGAGGGAACCUUGUGAACGGAUUUUGGGGCGAACGUAUGGGCUCCGUCGUUGACGAGGAGCAAGUGAUGCCAGAAAUUAAGGAAGACAUCAAGAUGACCAAGGACGGGAUCGAUCGGAUCAUCGAAAUCGAUGAGCUGAGAAAACAUGACACUGAAGAGGAGCCGUGGUUUGUGGUUGAUGGAGAAGUGUACAAUGGGACUGCAUUUUUGAAGGACCAUCCGGGCGGCGCGCAAAGUAUAAUAAGUGCCGCUGGUCUGGACUCCACUGACGAGUUUGUGGCAAUCCACAGCGAAACGGCAAAAGCGAUGAUGUCUUCCUACCACAUCGGAUCUCUUUCGGAGGUAUCACAGAGCAUCUUGGCAGAAGGUUCAUCGGAUUCGUCGGGUAGCAACACCUCACGACCUUUGUUUUUGGAUGCUAGAGGAUGGAAUUCCGCGGCGCUUCACAGCAAGAAAAUCGUGUCGUGGGACACGAGAAUUUUUACAUUCCAGUUGGAGCACGAGGAACAGCUCCUUGGACUACCCGUCGGCCGGCAUCUGAUGAUGCGCCUUAAGGAUCCCGAUGACCAGCAGACGGUCGUUCGGGCAUACACGCCUAUCAGCGAGCAAACCACACCGGGGUUCGUGGAUGUCCUUGUCAAAGUCUACUUCGACACAACCGAGCAGAAGGGAGGCAAGAUGACGAAGGCCUUGGACCAACUUCCGGUGGGAGGACGAGUAUAUUUCAAGGGGCCGAUUGGCAAGUUCGAGUAUCUUGGGAAGGGAUUGUGCAGCAUCAAUGGGGACCGACGCACGGUUCGAGAGUUCAGGAUGAUAUGUGGCGGAAGCGGCAUCACUCCGAUCUAUCAGGUCCUCCGCGCGAUCAUGCAGGAUCCGAACGAUGGCACACAUUGCACAGUCUUAGACGGGAAUCGUCUGGAGGAAGAUAUUCUCUGUAAAGACGAGUUGGAUGCGUUCGCGGCUGGCAAUCCUGACCGAUGUAGGAUCUUGCACACUUUGACAAAGGCAGGAGACGGAUGGCAGGGGUUGACGGGUCGCAUUGGUGAGAAUCUGCUGGCAGAGACUUGCCCGUCCCCGUAUGAUGACAAUCAUGAAGGGCAGAGUGAUACACUGGUCCUCAUAUGCGGCCCAGGAGCUCUGGAGAAGACGGCGCACAAAGUUCUGACGGGUCUUGGUUGGAAGGAUGACGAUCUACUGUUUUUUUGA